CGGAAUUUUAAGUUCAGUCGAUGUCCUGUUCCUGUUCGCGUCGCGUUUUGCUUGCGGAUAGUAAAUUUCUGAGAGUAAAUAAAACACGAAAUCCAAGUAAUCAAUAUGGAAAGACAAAAUUCGAGCAUUUGUGAUAGCAGCCAACACAAUGGAACCGAAGAAACCUGGGUUUUCGGUUAUGGAUCGCUGGUGUGGAAGGCUGACUUUCCCUUUGAAGAAAAACGCACCGGUUAUAUAAAGGGAUUUUUGCGAAGGUUUUUUCAAAAUAGCAUCGAUCAUCGGGGAACAAGUACCAAGCCUGGUCGAGUAGUUACUCUGGUAAAAUCACUUAAUCCUGAAGACAAAGUUUGGGGCAUGGGGUACCGAAUCGCGAAAAGCGAUUCCGAUAAAGUGCUGAGUCAUUUAGACUAUCGAGAAAAGAACGGCUACGAGCGGCAACAGGUGCUUUUUUAUCCUUACCCCCCGAGCAGCUCACAAACCAAUGAACCAAAAACGAUUUUAGUAUACUUAGCCACGCAAGAUAAUCCUUCGUUCGCUGGUGAACAUGACAGUUUGAACACAAUUGCUACACAAAUUUUAGGAGCCUCUGGGGAAAGUGGCGAUAAUGUUGAAUAUGUUUACAAACUUGCUGAUGCCAUGAGACUUUUAUAUCCCAAAGAAAAUGAUAGUCACCUUUUUGAGCUUGAACGAAUACUUAAAACGAGCGAUACUACCAAAAAAGGCCAAUGCCAUCAAACUUGCGCUGAUGUCGAUAGAUCGUUGAGUAGUAAAGAGGGAUAAAGAAAAACGGCAAUAGAAACACUAUCAUCGUACGAAAUAAUCUGCUUUAUUUCAAAAUUUGACAAUUUCAAUAAAAUUUACGAAGCAUCCUACUAGGUUUUUUUCUGUUUUUAUUUCAGCUACCAGAAAAGUUUUCUAUGUUCAAGAAAACUAGUAUUUCACUUCAAAAUGAACCUAUUAAUAAAGGCUGCCUAAAGAAACACAUACCUAUAUAGCAAUAAAUUCUAUUUCGAAAAUAGGUGAUAUUGGCGUAGGUUUCACUUUAAGCUCAGUUUGUUUUCUAAACAAUGAUUAAACAGAUUUGCGCCGUCUUAAUGGCGUUUGAAAGGUAUAUCAGCGUAUUUAAACACAAAUAGUAUUUUGACUGAACCAUGUUCAUAACAGAUGCAGGCAUACAGGUUGUUUAUAGUUCGGUAAAAUAAACAACAGGAUUGUGAUAUCGUGCUACAGCACAGCUAAGUCUGGUGUAGUUCGCAAAGCUGCUGAAAUUUCUUUUCCAUCUGCUAGUAAUACUUGAAGAUUUUCCAUAUUAUUUUUCGUAUUAUGCAUAUAUAUAUAUAUAUAUAUUUAAUGAGGCUAAAGAUAGUACAUAGUUUAAAGUUACAAUUUAAAUUUAUGGCAUGUAUAUAAAAACUAAUGUACACAUUUUUACCAUAAAUACAA